AUGCGCACGCCGGCGGCCGGCGGGUGGCGGCUGCACCCGCGGGGCAGCAGCAGCAGCAAGCUAACGAGGCGGAUAAUCAGCAACGUCAAGAUCAGCCUCCUCUGCGCCUUCGUCACGAUCCUCGUCCUCCGCGGCACCGUCGGCGUCAACCGCCGCCUCGUCUACAUCGCCGGCACCUCCGACAAUCCCGCGGCCGCGGCCAGCACCAGACCCGUCGACGACAUCGAGCGCAUCCUCCGCGAGAUCCGCGCCGACUCCGACCCCGACCCUGACACAGACGACGACGCGGCGCAGACAACCAGCAGCUCCUCGGCGGCCACGCGGGAGCACUAUGACCGCGGCGCCGCGUGGACGACGGCAAACUACAGCCUGGGUCCCCGGGUGACGCGGUGGAACGCCAAGCGGCGGCGGUGGCUACACCAGAACCCGGGGUUCCCGUACCGCGACGCGCGGGGCGGUCCGAGGGUGCUUCUCGUCACGGCGUCGCCGCCGGGGCCCUGCUCCAGCCCCGCCGGAGACCGCUUCCUGCUCCGGGCCACCAAGAACAGGCUCGACUACUGCCGCCUCCACGGCGUCGAGAUGGUGCACGUCACGGCGCGGCUGGAGGACCCCGAGCUGUCGUCGUCGUCGGUCGGCACCGGCGGCGCCGGCGGGUGGGCCAAGCUCGCGCUGCUGCGGCGCCUGAUGCUGGCGCACCCGGAGGUGGAGUGGCUGUGGUGGCUGGACGCCGGCGCGCUCGUCACCGACAUGGGGUUCGAGCUCCCGCUGGCGCGGUACGAGGGCGCGCACCUCGUGGUGCGCAGCGACUCGUACCUCCUCUUCCAGCGCCGGUCCUGGGACGCCGCCAGCACCGCCAGCUUCCUGCUCCGCAACUGCCAGUGGUCGCUGGACCUGCUCGACGCCUGGGCCGGCAUGGCGCCCAGGGGCCGCGCCCGCGACGACGCCGGGAAGCUGCUGACGGCGACGCUGGCGGGGCGGCCGCCGGGCGAGGCCGACGACCAGUCCGCGCUCGUCCACCUGCUCAUCACCGAGAAGGAGCGGUGGAUGGACAGGGUGUACCUCGAGAACCAGUACUACCUCCACGGCGUCUGGACGGGGCUCGUCGGCAAGUUCGAGGAGGCCAUGGAGAAGCACCACCCGGGGUACGGCGACGACCGCUGGCCGUUCGUCACGCACUUCGCCGGCUGCAAGCUUUGCGAAGGCAGGUCCACCAGGUCCAGGUCCGCGUCCGCGUCCGCCGGCGACAGUGGCGGCGGCAAGAAUCGCAGUGAUGAGUACCCGCUGGAGCGGUGCGUCAGCGGCAUGGAGCGCGCCUUCAACUUCGCCGACAACCAGGUGCUCAGGCUCUAUGGCUUCCGGCACGAGUCGCUGGCGAGCGCCGAGGUCAGGCGGGUGGCGAACCGGUCGGCGAACCCGCUGGAGGCCAAGGAGGAGUCUCUCGCUUUCUUGAAGAAACCAAAUGAGCCGGAUCCAUGGAGUAGUGAUGUGCGCAAGAAUCGAAAGAGCAAAGGAGAGGGAGAUUCUGUUCUUGCAAGAAUCCUGAAGAGACUGGGAUGGCGAUCCAAGAUUUGA